UUGAGUCAAAGCAGUGUCGUGCUGUCGACAUGCGUUUAUACUCAUCCAAAUGGUUACUCAUUACGGUGGUUGGUUCUUGGUGAGAAUGUACUGUUCAAGCUUGAAAACUCUAAUAUCUCCGCAAAUGAGUAUACUGGUGUCGGCUUUGGAGAGGCCACGGGUAACGACAUGGAUCGGAUCAUUGUACAGCUUAAUAACAGCGGUGUCAGUGUGUUCAUUACUGCACCAACCAAGAUUGGGGAUGGGGCUUACUACGUCAAUUCAACCAACUCUAACAGCCUUCAGGUUUGUAAUGUAGCAGAAGAAUGCGACGUAUUGAAGAUGAUGAAUGCGACAAUCUCCCCCAGUCCGGUGCCUGAGCAUCCAGAACAAAGGCCGUUCAGGGAACCUCAGGCGGUAGCUUCUUCAUCUGGACUAACCCCAUCUUUUCCUCGAACUACCUAUCCGGCAAUUUUACCCUUAGAGCCCUUACAACUGUUGAUUUUUGAGCGAAUGCUAAGGAAGAAGCGACAAUCAGGAUACACACCAACUAACAACAUAUACGGGUAUGACUACAAUUCCUCCCCAACGUCACCAUCUGAAGCGGCAAGGCUCGUUCUGAAUCCGAACUAUGCCUACCUGAACGAUGCUUUAUCCGAAGGCUAUGCCCGGAAUUAUGUUCAAGCAGAGACACAAUACAGCCAAAGUGGUCAAGUUGGUGGUCAGGCUGGUGGUAAGCGUCUUUGUAUAUUCAUGGUUUCCAAUCGUUCGAGUUACGGAUACAAAGCAUACGAUGCCGUUCCGAAUCAGUCAGCAAUUCUGAGUAACGAACAGCAGAAUGCCAUCAACUACCAACAAAUUCGACAAAACAAUCCGGGAAGCUUCAACACACCAGCGUACUCAGGCAAUUAUUAUGGAGGAGCUUUAGCAGACGCUCCUCAAAGGGCUGUGUCGCAAGGUGGUUUCCAGCAGCCGGCUUCGAACAAUUUUGUUAGACCGUCCUACGCAUCUGCUACCUCACUUGGCUACUCAUCAUCGUCACCUGCUCCCUAUCAGAGUGUUGUUGAUUUGAAAACGACUAGACUUCGUGACCCUACAGCUCAGGCUUAUUACUCAGAUGUUUCUUCUACUGGAAACGCUCAAGCGAUGUAUUACCCGUACAGAAUUGAAGAUAAAAUCGAAAACCCCGUUUAUAGAACCCCUACCACUGUUCAGUCGUAUAGCAAUAACGCUCAAUCGUACGGCAUUAGCGCCCAGUCGUUGGCCGGCAACGUUGUCUACAGGGAUGCUGCGACCAAUCCGUGCUCAUUAGAAGACCCUUACUGGUGUGAUUACUAUGUAAGGAUAUAUAUGAAUAGCAGUAUCACUCUGAGUGGAUAUGGUAAACAGAAUUUUUUCGUAUUUGUUAACGGCUUCUAUGUUGUCUACCUGGCUAACGAAACAAAUGAACAAAGUUGGUGGAAAGUUAUUUACACGGAUGCGCCGCAGCUUUUAAUGCGAAUUAGCACUUGUCUUGGAGCACACUUUCUCUUUGUGCAGACCUAUACGACAUUUUUUAUUUCGUUGAAUCGAAUGACUGCUAUAUUAUGGCCACUGAAGCAUGAACUGAUGUGGACCUACGGCUUACCAGUUUCUGUACUAAUUACCUACCUGACACCAUUUUACGUGACGUUUCCCUACCUGACUCAUCCGAUCGCAUUUGUUUAUUCCCCUGAAACAAAAUGCUACAUUGCCACAUCUGAAACGGACAGGAAUCGAGUAUGGCUGCAAAUAUUCUCCUUCAGUUCGGUUUUCAUCGUAAUUUCGUUUGUUAUUCAUACGAUUUCGAUUAUAACAGUCUGCAAACACGUACAACGAACUAUGUACGGUAACACUGAUCGUCGCUUGCUUGCUUUGGCUCUGUCGAAUUUCCUGAUCGAAAUCAACUUCUUUGCUUUACUGGCCCUCAUUUUUGUAUUUCGUUAUGGUCUGGAAUCCUUUAACAGUCGUGUGAUACUCAUGCUGAUACCGUAUGCGUCAGAUCUUUAUACCUUAUCAACACCGUAUCUUAUCAUUAUUCUGAACAAACGAGUACGGUCAAGGUCAAUGGGCUACUUCGGAUGUGAAUAAAUGCUACCCGUAUUACUGUACAUUCGGCUCGCCUACUGUAUUCCAUCGAUUGUUCUCUAUGUGGUAGUAAUGUUCCUGAUAUCCAAAGACAGGCAGCGUCUAUUUGGCUCCUUUUACUCGUUGCUUAUUAUACAAGCAGUAACAGACGUACCAGCUAUAUGGUUUCAGUUAUACAUAUUCCUGGCUGUGAUGAUCCUGGCUUCAUCCAGUGUCAGUGUCAUCUCUCUUGCAUCUUUAUGGAUACGACGUAAAGGUAGUAGACACAAUCGACUCGAACGGAACCUCUUCAUGUUAGCGCUAGGCGAUUUCCUUGUAGAAAUCGUCCUCUUCCUUCUUAUGACAAUUGUGUACAAGGAUCAGAUUAUUGUCGACCAUGAUGAGACUAUUUCUUUGAUUGUACUACCAUUUGCUUUGGACUUAAAAUCCCUAUCGACACCAUAUCUGAUCGUCGUUCUCAACGAAAGUGUCCGGACACGAUUGCUACGCCGAUUAAAGCUACACAAACAAGUAGUUCCAGCAAGGAAUUCCGUCUUACGUCGAGGAAUGGCCAGAAGCAGCCCGACUCCGGAUAGAAUUUUCAGAGUAUCGACGGGAGCAACUGCACGAUCUACUACUUCACCGGCUCGAAAUAUGAUACCCUUACUGUACAUUCGUAUGGUCUACUGUAUUCCGUCAAUUAUUUUCUAUGUGAUGGUAAUGUGCUGGAUAUUCAAAGAUAGACGUCGACUUUUUGGAUCCUUUUUCUAUCUGCUGGUCAUGCAAGCAGUAACUAAUUUUAUUGUUUUUAUCGAUAAUGUUUACCUUAUCCAAUUGGCAGAUGAAACAGAUGAGGAAACGUGGUGGAGGGUCAUCUACACUGGAUCACCACAAGCUCUUACACGCAUUUUCGCUUUUAUGGGGAUACAUUUCGCUUUCGUCCAGGCGUAUGUGACACUUUUGAUUUCAGUCAAUCGAAUGACCGUUAUUGUUUGGUCAGCAAAGGGGGAACAGACAAUAGUCUAUAUGGAUCAACCUGAUGACGAUGACGAUGAAAGAAUAGCGUUGGCAUUAGUACCCUUCGCUAUCGACUUGAUGACUCUAUCGACUCCAUAUCUGCUCAUAGCUUUUAACCAAAGCCUACGAACACGUAUGAUACACUCUACUGAUAGCUUCUCUGGUGCUGACCAUGAAGCGAUUACGGUUUAUGGAUUUCGUAAACGACUUUCACCUAGGUCAUGCCUUCAUUCAAACGUGAUGUCCCUCUUUUACAUUCGACUAGCCUACUGUAUUCCGUCUAUCGUCCUUUACAUCGUGGUCAUUUGGGCAAUAUCCAAAGAGAAACAGCGACUUUUCGGCUCCUUCUACUCAUUACUGGUCAUUCAAGCAAUUACUAACUUGCUCGUCUAUGUUAACAGCUUCUAUUUCCUGCAGCUAGCCAACGAAACGGAAGACUAUAGAUGGUGGGCUGUCAUAUACACCGAAGCACCCCAGGCUUUGAUGCGUAUAACAUCGUGGUUAGGGAUGCAUUUUGCUUUUGUACAGACAUAUAUAACGUUUUUUAUCUCUCUCAACCGAAUGGCUGCCAUUGUCUGGCCCAGGAUGAACGAUCGGAUUUGGAGCGUUGUUGUAGUACUGAGUACGAUAAUCAGUUAUGUUUCGCCCCUUAUUGCUACAUAUCCCUAUCUCACUGAGGAAGCAUCAUUCGUCUACAGUAAGACAAUCGAAGGCUACGUUGCUCACUCAAAUUCGUGCCGCUACCUGAAAGAGAUGACCAUCUUUUAUAUUCGGCUUGGUUACUGUAUUCCGUCAAUCGUCCUCUAUGUCGUGGUCAUUUAUGCUGUAUCCAAGGAGAAACAGCGACUGUUUGGUUCCUUCUAUUCGUUACUGAUCAUUCAAGCAGUUACGAACUUGCUCGUCUAUGUUAACAGCUUCUAUGUCCUGCAGUUAGCUAACGAAACAGAAAAGGACAGUUGGUGGGCUGUCAUAUACACCAAAGCACCCCAGGCUUUGAUUCGUGUAUGCCGCCAUUCAAUCGUGAUGAUCAUCUUCUUUUAUAUUCGACUAGCCUACUGUAUUCCGUCAAUCAUCCUGUAUAUCGUGGUCAUUUAUGCGAUAUCCAAAGAAAAACAGCGACUUUUUGGCUCCUUCUACUCGUUGCUGGUCAUUCAAGCAGUUACUAACUUGCUCGUCUAUGUUAACAGCUUUUACUUUCUACAAUUAGCAAACGAGACAGAAGACUAUAGAUGGUGGGCUGUCAUCUACACUAAAGCACCCCAGGCUCUGAUGCGUAUAACGUCAUGGUUAGGGAUGCAUUUCGCUUUUGUACAAACAUAUAUAACAUUUUUCAUCUCGCUCAAUAGAAUGGCGGCCAUUGUCUGGCCAAGGAUGGACGAUCGGAUUUGGAGCGCUGUUGUAGUACUGAGUACGGUGAUCAGCUAUGUAUCACCCCUUAUUGCUACAUAUCCCUAUCUCACUGAGGAAGCUUCAUUCGUCUACAGUAAGACACUCGAAGGCUUCGUUGCUUUUUCGGAUUCGACAAUUCUCCAAAUCGACCGAGGUGGAGACUUCGAAAAGAAUGCUCGAUUGACGUUGAUACCGUUUACCUCGGACCUAAUGACCUUUUCGAUGCCAUAUUUGGUCCUCUUUCUCAACAAAAGCGUUCGAACACAUAAACCAGCUAUGUAUGAAUACCGUAUCUACGUAAGAUUCAUCUACUGUAUUCCAUCAUGUGUUUUGUAUGUGUACGUCCUUAUUGCACUUUUCAAAGAACGAAAAGGAGCUGCUGGCCAGUUCUACUCGUUGCUGAUGGUCCAGGCACUUUUGCUGCACUGUUUCAAAGUGCACUUCGCGUUCGUUCAGAAUUACAUGAGUUUCUUUGUUUCCUUGUACCGUAUGACCGUCAUAGUUUUUCCAACAACCUAUGUUACGAUAUGGAAUUAUGGUUUUCCAGCAAGUGUUGCUAUCACAUUGUUGACGCCAUUCAUCUCUGUAUAUCCGUUGCUUACGCAUUCCAGCCACUUCGUCAUUUCUAAAAGCACUGAUUGCUUUGACGUGAUCAGUACCGCUGCCAUAAUAUACAAACGAGCAGAUAAGCAUGGUACGGCGGACUUCUUAGUACCGUAUGCCUCCGAUGUGAUAACCUUUUCAAAUGCUUACCUUCUGAUCAUUUUGAACAAAAAAAUCCGUCGACAUGUACUGCUUAUGGCCAAAUGUCGAGGUAAAGGCUAUAUGUAUGAAUACCGAGUCUACGUAAGAUUUAUCUACUGUAUACCGUCAUGUGUACUGUAUGUUUAUGUACUUAUUGCUCUUUUCAAAGAACGCAAAACAGACAAAGGACGAUUUUACUCAUUGCUUAUGUUUCAGGCCGUACUGAAUGUUCUGGUCUUCGCGAACUCUUUCUAUGUCAUUCAAUUGGCCAACGUGACUAAUGAAGACAGCUGGUGGAGUGGAAUUUAUAAUAGAGAACCGCUUUAUUUCACUGGAUUUAUAUGGAGAUUUGCCUUUCCGGGCAGCGUUGCUGUCACCGUACUUACUCCAUUCCUAUCUGUGUACCCGCUGGUUAUCAGUCCUAGUUGGUUCUUUAUCGAUAGAAGUACUCUCUGCUUUGAUAUAGCUACUGAGAAUAGCAUGGCCAUAAUCUACAAUCGAGCAGAAAAAGACAGCGUAACCGAGUAUUUGGUACCGUAUGCCUCCGACGUUGUGACCUUCUCAAAUGCCUAUCUCCUUGUUGUACUAAACAAGAAAAUCCGCCAACGAGUACUACUUCUGGUGAAAUGUCGAGCGACUUCUCCGAAGGUGGCUGUUCUGGUGAAUCCCGGGCCGACCUAUUCCGGUGUUGUCACCAUUGCGAGGAGCACCUCAAUAUUUUCUGUUUGUCAUAAUAUGUACGAAUAUCGAGUCUACAUAAGAUUUGUCUACUGUAUACCAUCAUGUAUACUGUAUGUCUACGUACUUGUUGCCCUUUUCAAAGAACGGAAAGGAGACAAAGGACGAUUUUACUCACUGCUUAUGGUUCAGGCCGUACUCAAUGUUUUCGUCUUUCUCAACUCUUUCUAUGUCACUCAACUAGCCAACGUGACUAAUGAAGACAGCUGGUGGAGUGGAAUUUAUAAUAGGGAACCGCUUUACUUCACUGGAUUUCUCAACUGCUUGACAUUCCAUUUUGCUUUCGCUCAGACAUUCAUGAUGUUUUUCGUCUCAUUCUAUCGUAUGACUAUUAUUUCUUUUCCUAUACACCAUUUGAAGAUAUGGAAAUUUGCCUUUCCGGGCAGUGUUGCUGUCACCGUAUUCACUCCAUUCCUAUCUGUGUACCCAUUGGUUGUCAGCCCCAGUUGGUUCUUUAUCGAUAGAAGUACCCACUGCUUUGAUAUCGCUACUGAGAAUAGCAUGAGUAAGUAUUACAUCAUGAGGGAACUGUAUAUAUUCCUGACCGUAUUCUUGAUAGCCACCUCUUUGGUGAACUGCGUUUCUGUUAUUCUCUUCUGUAUUCGCUCUAAACGACAUAAUGACAAUGCUGAAAGGAACAUGUUCAUAUUGGCUUUGCUUGAUUUUCUCUUCCAACUCACGUUCUACAUACUUUUUGCGAUCAUUUACAAUCGAGCAGAAAAGGACAGCGUGACGGAGUAUUUAGUACCGUAUGCCUCCGACGUUGUGACUUUUUCAAAUGCCUAUCUUCUGAUCCUACUAAACAAGAAAAUCCGCCAACGAGUAUUACUUUUGGUGAAAUGUCGAGGGACCGCUCCGAAGACGACUGUUCUGGUCAAUACCAGGCCCACGUAUACCGGUGUUGCUACAGUCACAAGGGUCACCUCAAUAUUUUCUGUUCAUCUCGACAUGUACGAAUAUCGAGUCUACAUAAGGCUGAUUUACUGUAUUCCAUCAUGUAUACUGUAUGUCUAUGUCCUUAUCGCGCUCUUCAAAGAACGUAAAGGAGUGAAAGGACGGUUCUAUUCGUUGCUUAUGUUCCAGGCAAUACUGAAUGUUCUUGUUUUCGUCAACUCACUGUAUCUCAUUCAGUUGGCCAAUAUGACCAGAGAGGACAGUUGGUGGAGUGGUAUCUACAGCAAAGAACCGCUUCUAUUCACUGGAAUUCUGAACUGUCUUUCCAUUCAUUUCGCCUUCGUGCAAUCGUACAUGACUUUUUUCGUGUCACUUUAUCGUACUACCGUCAUCGCAUUCCCCGUGCUCCACGUUAAGUUAUGGAAAUACUUUUUCCCAUGCUGUGUUGCCAUCACACUUCUCACUCCGUUCAUUUUCGUUCACCCGAUGCUGACGAAAUACAGCUACUAUUCAAUUUCUAAAUUCAACAACUAUGAUGUACAAACGCUGGCAAACCGUGGACUCAUCCUUACCCAAUUCUUGGUAUUUAUGACAGCUUCAUUGGUUACUACAUCAGCAGUGAAUGGCAUAUCCGUUAUACUUCUUUGUAUCCGCUCGAAACGUACCGAUGAUAAGGCCGAAAGAAAUAUGUUUAUCUUGGCCAUUCUCGAUUUUUUCGUCCAGUGUUCAUUUUAUGUGCUCUACGUUAUGAUAUAUAAACGAGUGGGUAUUGACGGCACAGCGGACGUUAUAGUACCGUAUGCAUCCGAUUUGCUUACCUUUUCAAAUGCUUAUCUUCUUCUCGUUCUGAAUAAAAAAAUCCGUCGACGAGUCUUUCUUCUAAUGAAAUGUCGAGGAUCGGCUGUGACACCGCAUAAUCUACAAGCGAUACCGUCUGCCAAUAUCAUCACCGCUGUGCAGCCAACCUCAUGA